CUACGCUCGCCCAGCUGUCGACCCUGAUAAAUUCUCCGGCUCGAAACCCAGAGGCGCGCUACGGCGUCGCCGCGGUGCAUCGUGGGAGUGCUAGUUUUCGGGACUCCAAGGGAGAAUGGCGUCGGGUGGGAACAGGACACUGAGAGAACUACAUGCAGGAGGCGGGGGCCGGGGCGAGGGAUCUACGCGGCUUGUGGUGGCGAAGGCGGCUGUAGCAGCAGCAUGAAGCGAACCCAGACCGCCGAGGAGCGAGAGCGAGAAGCUAAGAAACUGAGGCUUCUUGAAGAACUUGAAGACGCAUGGCUUCCUUAUCUGACCCCCAAAGAUGAUGAAUUCUAUCAGCAGUGGCAUCUGAAAUACCCUAAACUCAUUCUUCGAGAAGCUGACAAUGUACCUGAGGAGCUCCAUAAAGAGGUUCAAGAAGCCUUUCUCACACUGCACAAGCAUGGCUGCUUGUUUCGGGACCUGGUUAGGAUCCAGGGCAAAGAUGUGCUCACUCCAGUAUCUCGCAUCCUCAUUGGUAAUCCAGGCUGCACCUACAAGUACCUGAACACCAGGCUCUUUACGGUACCCUGGCCAGUGAAAGGUUCCACUAUAAAAUAUACUGAGGAUGAAAUUGGUGCUGCUUGUCAAACCUUCCUCAAGCUCAAUGACUAUCUGCAGACUGAGACUAUUCAGGCCUUGGAAGAACUCACUUCCAAAGAGAAAUCUAGUGGCGAUGCUCUGCCAGUGUAUAUAGCUCCAGAUUUCCCCAGAAUUGGUAUGGGGUCAUCCUUUGAUGGACAAGAUGAAGAGGAUGUUAAGAGCAGAGCAGCAUACAAUGUAACUUUGUUGAAUUUCAUGGAUCCCCAGAAAAUGUCAUACCUGAAAGAGGAGCCUUAUUUUGGGAUGGGGAAAAUGGCGGUGAGCUGGCAUCAUGAUGAGAAUCUGGUGGAAAGGUCAGCGGUGGCAGUAUACAAUUAUAGCUGUGAAGGCCCUGAAGAGGAAAGUGAGGAUGAUCCUGAUCUUGAAGGCAGAGAUCCUGAUACUUGGCAUGUUGGUUUUAAGAUCUCAUGGGACAUAGAGACACCUGGUUUGGCAAUACCUCUUCACCAAGGAGACUGCUAUUUUAUGCUUGAUGAUCUCAAUGCCACCCACCAACAUUGUGUUUUGGCUGGUUCACAGCCUCGGUUCAGUUCCACCCACCGAGUGGCAGAGUGCUCCACGGGCACCUUGGAUUAUAUCUUACAGCGGUGCCAGUUGGCUCUGCAGAAUUUGCGUGAUGAGGUGGAUGAUGGUGAUGUCUCUUUGAAAUCCUUGGAACCUGCAAUUUUGAAACAAGGAGAAGAAAUCCACAAUGAGGUAGAGUUUGAGUGGCUGAGACAGUAUUGGUUUCAAGGCAAUCGAUAUAAAAAGUGCACUGAUUGGUGGUGUCAACCCAUGACUCAACUGGAAGGACUGUGGAAGAAGAUGGAAGGUGUGACAAAUGCUGUGCUUCGUGAAGUUAGAAAAGAGGGGCUCCCCGUGGAACAAAGGAAUGAAAUCUUGACUGCCAUCCUGGCUUUGCUCACCACCCGGCAGAACCUGAGGAGGGAAUGGCAUGCCAGGGGUAUGAGGAAGAAAAGGGACUCUAGGGAGAUUGUGGUCCGUUGUGAAGCGAAUCUUUGGGAAAAAAUCCUCUCAAAUGGAAUAGGUAUUGGCAGCUCCUACGUGGCAAGGAAGGCAUACUAGUCUCUGGAGCCAGCUGCAAGGAAGAAAGGAGAAUUCAUGGAAGAGGUAGGUGCCGGGUGUGACCUUGCACAUUAGAGGAGGGCAUCUGGGUGAAAAGACCCUGAAGACAUUGGAAUAUAGAGCACAUCAUUACAAGUGUGUUGCAUGGAGACAAGCAGAAAUGCCAUAAAAGGAGGUGUAAUAUAGCCAUGAAAUACCAACAUUUUCCUCUUUGGUCUUUCAAUCCCUAAACAACCCUUUUUAAAACUUCUGUGAUAUUUAGAUAUUUGCUUCAGAGGUCCUUUCCUUAGAUUGUCUUUUGAAGGAUGGCCCCGGGUGUAGAUAGAUCAACUUUAAGGUGACCUCUUUUCCCCCGAGGCUUCAGCUGGGCUGGUACUUCUGACAGACGUGUAAACAGAUGCGAGCAUUGUUGCUAAUGACAGGUGAUUAUAAGAGGCAUGGGGGCCAAGGUAAUUAAACCACGGUUUGACAGGAGCAUUUGGCAAUGUAAUAUUUCAGCAUUGGAAACAUCUUUGCAAUACUAUUUUCCCACUUCCUUGGUGAAUAUCAUUCAUUUUUGUUCUUCAGAGUGCAGAGCUUUGAGAUCUGAAACUGUCCUGUCUGAAAUCCCUCUUGGUUCAUUGUAGGGCUCUACAAAAUGGUUACCAUUGAUUGGACUGUGUGGGGAUCUAGGCAAUAGCUGAGGCUGCUCUAGAGUACUAGUGGGAAUAGAAUUUCUGGCCCAAUUGCUGGUGCUGUAUUUGACCUAUUAUUUGUCCAGUUUGAUAGUGAUAAUGCCUUUGGAGAAGAACAUGAAUUAUUUUUAUACCAGUAUAAUUUCCACUUCUCUCCCUGUUAACUGGCUUUACCUGAUGUUGCUCCCACGGAGCAAAAGAUAGCUUAUUCAGUUUUGUUCUCGCCUAAAUUUCUACUACCAAAAGUUAGGAAAAAACUAAAAUCAAAUGUACCUGGUGUUACGAGGAAUGAUAGUAGAAGUGAUCAUCAAAACAUGGGAUUUACUUAUUCAUUAGAUUUCAUUGUAGCUUUAAAAAAAUAAACAGUGUAUUCCUUUUGCUAUUAAACCAAAAAGCAAACCAAACCCA